AUGGCUGGAUCAACAUUCAUGAUUACAACUGUUCUAUUGAUUGUCGCCAUAUUUAACGCUUCAGGACGUAAGCUCGAUGGAGGAUGGGAUCUCGAUAAAACGAUUGUACAAUAUACUGCCGACGAAAAGAUUGCUACUUCCAUUCUAAAGCAAAACAAAGAUGGAAAUGAAGCUUCUUGGGUCAUAACUGAGUGGAGUGAUAAGGCUAGCGGUAAAGUUACAUGUGUUAGAGAAACGUACAAGGGAAUAUUAGAAGGCAGAGAUCAUUUAGACAUUACCACCAAAUAUUACGAUAUUACGGGUACAAAAAUAUUUAUUGAAAUUCAUGAAGUCAAUUUUUAUACGGGCACCACACAAAUCUCUGAUAAAUCUAAGACGAUAUUUGAAGACGAUGGUUCUAAAACUGAAAUGUACUCUAGAAUUGAAUACCCGGCUGGACUAAAUUCAAGUAUCAAUGAUGACGGUAUAUAUAAAUAUGAAUAUGGAUCAGAUGAUAAACUCAUAAAAACCACUCGUAACGCUACAAAAACAAAGGUUGGGUCGGUUGAAACGACUUAUGAAGUUACAGUUGUAAACCCCGACGGAAGCAAAAAAAAAACAGCUCAUGUUAUAACCAAAGAAAGUGAUAAAAUAAUUACGGAUAUCAGGGUAAACGAUUUAGAUUCUAAAGAUGAAGAAUUUUCAAGCAAACGCGAAUAUACAAUUGAUUAUAAAAACAACACCAAAGUUAAAGAAACGACUAAUACAAUCAAAAAUUCAGACAGAUCUAUAACAACUGAUCGCAAGGUUUGGAGAACAUAUACGAAUGGUACAAGAACUCGGGAACAGGUAACUACAACAAAGUUUAAUGGUGAACUCACAAGUGCUGAUUACUAUCCUUUAGAAAUAGAAGUGGAGGGAAAAGAUCCAGACUUAGUAACAGUAACAGAUCCAUACCUAGAUGAUACGGAUUCAGACUCAAGGGAAUCUGAUUCAGACACACGCGAUAUGACUGAACCCUCCAUGAAAAGCUGA